GUUACGGAAUUGUCACGUACGGAGUGCGUUUGGUGCCGAUGCCAGAUGAGCCGUGGAUGAAACGGACGACAGGACAGAGAAGUGCUGAAGGACUGAAAGAAAAGGACUGAAACAUCGAGAACGGACACGCCGUGUAUCCGGAGUGUGGUGCCUGGUUGACACCUAGAUGCACUCUGAAACUGUCCAGGAAGAGCCUCGCGUUACACCUGCAUCCGGCUACUUGGUAGCUCACUGUGAGAGUCGGAUGAUACAUCGCACUGGUUGCCUCCAAGAACUGAUGAGAGAUAAGCUACGAUCGCAGUAAAGCCGUCUUACGAGCUAUCCUGCUGUCGCUCUUCCGCUGCUUGCUACGCGAGGUGACACACAGUUGACACAUGUUUGAUAUCUCUACUCGAACAAGAUCGAUUAAAGUGCAAGUGACACGAGGUGAUCUAGCUUUGGACUGAUCUGCUAAAGUGUUGUCUCAGACUGCUGGAGCGAUUUUUAUUGUAAUUAGGCAGAAAUAUGAGCGGAAGUGAAGUACGUGAAUCUAUUGUCAAAUGGUUGCCACAUUGGUUUGAGAAUCAAUUUCGCUGCGGUGAAAAUUGAAGAACCAACUGAUCACUUGGAACUAAACAAGAAGAGGAAAACGUGUGAUAAACUACAGUUUUCCUUUGACAAUAUUUAAUUUAUUUUUGUUGCUUGAUCAGCCCAAAGAUUGCUAUUGCGAAGCAAUAUCAGUGUUGUGAUUUUCAAGUGUUCAUUAUUGCCGACCAAAGGAAGACUUGAAGCGAAUUUUUAAAGUUUUUAACUUUAAGUUCGUAAAUUUAGAAUCUUCUAGAAUUUUUUUCUUCUAGAAUUUUCGUCCGUAUUUAAGUUUUCAGCGAGAAGGCACCAUGUUGGAAUUCUAUCCGCCCGCUCCUGGUUCUUUCAAUCGCCAAGGUGAAUCGGGCCAACCUUUGCCGACGGUGCCACCUAUUCCUUUUCGGCCGACAACCGACAACAAUAAUGCAGCAGAGCCGUCCGUUUCCGUGAAGACGGAGUCCGGUCUUCUGGAGACGAUCUGCGCCGGUUGCGGCCGCACCAUCGCCGACAAAUACAUGAUGAGAGUCGCCGAGAGGAAUUAUCACGAGGAGUGCCUCUCGUGCACGGCAUGCGGCGCGAUGCUCUCGCACUCGUGCUUCAUCCGCGACCUCAAGCUUUACUGCCGCACCGAUUACGAGAGGAUCUUCGGGGUGAAGUGCGCGCGAUGCCUGGAGAAGGUCAGCAACUCGGACUUAGUGAUGCGGCCGGUGUCCGGCCUGGUUUUCCACGUGGAGUGCUUCGCGUGUUGCAUGUGCGGCCAGCCGUUGCCAAGGGGUGCCCAUUACGUCCUCAGACAGGGCCAGCCGAUCUGCAGACGGGACUUCGAGCGCGAAAUGUAUCUAAAUAGUCCUCAGGAUGACGAUUUAUUGGACGAGAAUCGACCACGGGAUGGCCGUCGGGGUCCGAAACGGCCGCGAACGAUUCUCACGUCCGCGCAACGACGUCAGUUCAAGAUGUCCUUCGAGGUGUCGCCGAAGCCCUGCAGAAAAGUGCGAGAAGCCCUCGCCAAGGACACCGGCCUGAGCGUGCGCGUGGUUCAAGUCUGGUUCCAGAAUCAGCGAGCGAAGAUGAAGAAACUGCAGAGAAAGGCCAAAACCGAGCCCGGGUCCGAUAAGGAGCCGAAGGAGGAGCGGAGGGCGGAAAGUCCGCACAGCGAUCACAGUCAUUACUUGAACGCCAUGAACAUGCGCGAUGGGGAAUCUUCUAGCUUCCCCUCAGCCACCCAACCGCUCAACCCCAAUAACCCGUACUCGCCCGACGACGCGUAUCCAGGACACUCAGGGGAGAGCUUUUGCAGCAGCGACUUGUCCUUGGAUGGGACGGACGGUGGCUUCGAUAUCGGGGAGAACGAUGGCGGCGGCGCGGAUGGCAGUCAUCAAGGUGCUUCGCAUUCCCAUCACGGUUCAUCAUCGCACGACGCCCCGUCACUGUCGCAGAGUCUGCACGCGGCCAUCCACAAUCCCAUCGACAAACUGUUCAUGAUGCAGAGUAGUUACUUUAGUGGUGACCACGCGUAAUCCAAGUUUCCUCGCACCUGCUCGCUGACGUUCGUCGCUUAUUUUGUCCUCCUCGUCGCCCGCCCCAAUUUCUGUACUCUCUUUUAUCUAUCCUGUUAUCAGUCAGCUUGUUUCAUUAACGAAAAAGUCGAUAUUGCGCUUUCAUUUCCUACCCGUAUCGAGAUAAUCGGUAAAUCCAUCGAGCGCGGACGUUUUACGUUUUACAUGACUUGUUAUUAACUUAUUUCCGGCCAAUGUUGUGAAAAUAAAAUAACUUACGUUUAACAAUUUUUUUUGUGACGAUUAGAAAUAUAUGCAAAUGUGCAUAUGUACAUUUGUACGAUAUACGAUGUGCGUUAAUGAAUUCUGAUGUAAAUGUAAUGAAAAACUGAGAAACUUGAAUAUUUUGCCAUUCUCAGAAAAUUAAAAGAAGAAAAGUUUUUUUAUGACAAUUUCAUUUAGAAUGAUCUGAAUGUUAAGAUAAUAAUAAUAAUUAUUAUUAUUAUAUCAACAAUGAAACAUUUUUCUGGCCGAAAAUGGGUUAAAAAGGAAGAAAUCAAGAAUAGGAAACUGGAUAUGCGACGCGAGAAAUAAUGAAGACAGAUGCUUGUGAUAAGUAUCAUUUUUUGAAACGAUUGGCAUCUAUGUGUGUAUUAUAUUACUUACUGUCAGUUUUCCAAAGUAAUUAAGAUCUCUUUGUUUAAUAAACCUAGCUAGAUAAGUUUACCGACAUUAGUUAUUAUAUGUAACAAUUAAUAUGUAGUAACAAUAAUGAGGCUACAAUAAUAAUUACAUCUUGGCAGCCUUCGUUUCUCUUUCUUCGGCAUAAAUUGAAUAAUUUUCCUUUUUUAGUUAACUUUAUAAGAUUGGCUGUAAAGGCGUCUGGCGUCUUUAAGUACUUUAUUUAUACUAGCCAAUAGCAAUUUAUGAAUAAUUCGCUUAAUCUGCUUAUAAUAAAAAUAUAUAAUAAUUUUU